AUGUUGCCUCAGCAUACGGUGGAGAUGCAGGUCCUGGAGCGGUGCCUUGUGCCGUGGGCCGUGUUAGAGAAUCGCGAGAGGUAUCCGUUCUUCUGGGGCACAGGCCGUCUACAGGAUAUGGCAGUCGACGCAGCACAGCAGGGGCAUCGCCAGUCAGGACCCUCCGAGGGGAGGGCUGACCCCCAGAGGAGCGGCACCAGCACGCAGCCUGUCAACCGAACUCCGUACGGCCAAGUGCAAGCUGGGGAGGUGCACGGGCAAGCAUCCGGCGCCUACGUGCAAAAAUGGGCGGAGUCUGGUACGAAUUUGACCCUUCACGUGUCGUUUGUGGUUGACGACAGUGCGAACAUGGGACGGCUUCUUAUAGAUUUGAGCAUGUUCAAAGUCUGUUUCCAAGAAAUAUCCAUGGCGGGUUUUUGA